UUUCGCUCGUUUCUCUUCCCAAGUAGUUCCAACCAACGCAAAGGCAAAACCCCCGCCCCACCAAAACGCCCCAAAGUCCUAGAGUAGUGUAGACCGCAAAGAAAAUAAUAUGUCGUUUUCUCAGCUCCUCCAACGCGCCUUCUCAACCUCCGCCCAGGCCAACGGCGCCGCCGUCAUCAAGUCGGCCUCGACCCAUCUCUACAGAGAACGCAACCUCAAACGCCUCGUCGAGAAGUUCAAGAAGUCCUCCGAAGUCGACCGUUUCCGCACCAAAACCGGCAUUUACGAAGACACCGUUCGCCGCCUCGCCUCCGCCAAACGCUUCAAAUGGAUCGAAGAGAUCCUGGAAGACCAGAAGAAGUACAGCGAUUUCUCCAAAGAAGGCUUCGCCGUCCGACUGAUAUCACUUUAUGGCAAAUCGGGCAUGUUCGAGAAUGCCCAGAAGGUGUUCGACGAAAUGCCCACGAGGAACUGCAAGCAGACAGUGUUGUCGUUUAAUGCCCUUUUGGGGGCUUGCGUUAACUCGAGGAAGUUCGACUUGGUUGACGGGGUUUUCGGGGAGCUUCCGGCCAAGUUGGCGAUAGAACCGGAUUUGGUGUCUUAUAAUACCGUGAUCAAGGCGUUUUGCGAGAAAGGUUCGUUGGAUUCGGCGGUUUCCGUGCUUGAUGAGAUGGAGAAGAAGGGACUGAAGCCGGAUGUGAUUUCGUUCAAUACGCUAUUGAAUGCGUUCUACGGGAGUGAUCGUUUUGCUGAUGGUGAUCGAAUAUGGGAUCUGAUGGAGAAGAAGUUUGUCGUUCCUGACAUUAGGAGCUACAAUGCCAAGUUGCUUGGAUUGGCUUAUAAUGGGAAAGUGAACGGAGCGGUUGAUUUGAUCGGCGAAAUGAAGGCUAAGGGGAUCGAACCUGAUGUGUUUAGCUUCAAUUUGGUGAUUGAAGGUUUUAUUAAGGAGGGGAACUUGGAUGGAGCUAAGCAGUGGUACAGUGAAAUGAGAAAGAGUGAGCGUGUGCCUAAUAAGACAACCUUUGAGAAACUUAUUCCGUUUCUUCGUAAGCAAGGUGAUUUGGAUCUUGCUUAUGAACUCAGCCAGGAAGUUUUCUUGAGGCGGUUCGUUCUAGAUGUGGCAUUGUUGCAGCGUGUAGUGGAUGAGCUGGUUAAGGAGUCCAAAGUUGAAGAAGCAAAGAAACUUGUGGAGCUCGGGAAGAACAAUGAUUAUCGUCGGUACCGCCUGAAGUUGCCUUUGGACAACUAGUGCGUGCCAUUGCAGGUUAAAUCCUUUGUGGUUUUAGAAGCAAAUUCUGAAGAAAGAAAAACCUUUCUUUUUAUUUAUUUUUAUUUUUUUCUUUUUCUGCAUUGAGUUGGGAGUUUGAAUAAUUCCCUCGUUUUUUCCCCCCUCACAAAAGGCCUCUAGACAAGUAGUGCAAUGAAACUAUCAUUUUUG